GUGCGGGUAUUCUCCAAUCAGAAGGCAGAUCGUGCCCGCACUGCGCAAGCGCAGUGAGUGAAAUAUUUCAUGUGUUGUACGUCGUGUCCGGUGGAGGUCACAGUCGUAGGUGCAAACUGAGGUCGCUGCUGUCAUGGCCAAGCUCUUUGAGUCUAUUGGAAAGUUGGGGCUCGCCCUGGCCGUCGGUGGAGGUGUUGUGAACUCUGCCCUCUUCAAUGUUGAUGCAGGGCACCGGGCUGUAAUCUUUGACAGAUUCCGAGGUGUACAGGAUGCAGUUGUCAGUGAAGGCACCCACUUCCUCAUUCCUUGGGUUCAGAAGCCCAUCAUCUUCGAUUGUCGAUCCCGUCCACGCAACGUGCCUGUCAUCACUGGCAGCAAAGAUCUGCAGAAUGUUAACAUCACACUGCGUAUCCUCUUCCGGCCGGUGACCAGCCAGCUGCCUCGCAUCUUCACCAGUAUUGGCGAAGAUUACGACGAGAGGGUGCUGCCGUCCAUCACCACAGAGGUCUUAAAGGCGGUCGUGGCUCGGUUUGAUGCAGGCGAGCUCAUCACUCAGAGAGAGCUCGUGUCUCGGCAGGUCAGUGAGGACCUUACGGAAAGAGCUUCCACCUUCGGGCUAAUCUUGGAUGACGUAUCACUGACACACUUGACCUUUGGCAAGGAAUUCACAGAGGCUGUUGAGAUGAAGCAGGUGGCCCAGCAGGAGGCUGAGAGGGCCCGUUUUGUUGUAGAAAAGGCGGAGCAACAGAAGCAGGCUGCCAUCAUCUCAGCAGAGGGAGAUUCUCAGGCUGCCUUGCUCAUUGCCAACUCCCUGAUGGAGGCCGGUGAUGGUUUGGUGGAGCUUCGUAAGCUGGAGGCUGCAGAAGAUAUCGCCUUCCAGCUCUCCCGCUCUCGCAAUGUCACCUACCUGCCGUCAGGUCAGGGCACCUUGCUGCAGCUGCCCCAGUGAUAGCACCCUACUCCAACUUUAACCAGCUGUGACAUGGGCCAUGGAGGAGCCGGCUUGAUGAUUCAGCAGAUGGUUCUUGCGUCUUCACAUACAUUCCUCCCACUCUUUCUCAAACUACCACUGGACUGGGCUCUGCUGUUUGCAGCAUGGUGGGGGGGAUAGAGUGAGAGGUCUGUAAAUACAUUUAUGAAGUCCACUGUUGUGUAUGGAAGUUAAUAAGAGAAUUACUCCACCUUUGAUGACCUAAACAUAAAGUACUUUGAGAAAGAUCAUUAGUGCAGUUAAUUUGAAUUACAGCUAUGCCUCAAUUGGGAGCAGUGCAUGUGUGGAAAGCAACAUUUUAGCAUCAAUGGAACAGGUAUUGGAUUUGUUUAAAAGAUACAAAAUACAAAUGUUAUUGUGCUGGACAGUGUAUUCGUAAAACAGUUGUCAAGUCUCGAAGAGGUUUUUCUUUUUGUUUCACACCCUUACUUCUGGCUAGGUUGUUUUCGCCCCCCAAAUAAUGUUCCCAUCAUGUAUAAAUUAGGAUGUGCCUAUGUAAAACUGAAGUGUAUGCUCUGUCUUUAGUUUUUUAUCGGCAUUAUAAGCAAGCACCAUGACUCAGAAAUUAAGUUAAUAAAGAUCUCUUUCUACCUCCCA